CAGUGCGACUCCAAGCAUCCUCGCUGCACCGCCUGUGCCACUGCCGGCACCGUCUGCCACCAGGAGGACCGCCACAGGCAGACCCUCACUCCCCGCGGCCAUACAGAGCGUAUCGAACGCCAGCUCCUCCAAUGCGACGCCCUCCUCAAGCGGCACUACCCCGGCUUCACCCUCGAGUCUCUCGACGAGAUUUGCCACCGCGAGGGCAUCGAGGUCGAUGUCAACGAGCAGACCCUCACCUCUACUUUCCAAUUCGCCCAGAACCCACCCUCCGGCUCAAGCACACGCCCUUUCUCUCUGCGCUCAGAGGUCCCCCAACCACCACCCGGCGGCUCGCCCCCUCGUCCUUAUCCAUACGGCCAUCCCCCUCCUCCCGGCCAACAUAUGAUGCCUUACGGCCACCCAGCUAUGCCUAUGCCUUACCCGCACCCAGGUUCGCCGUACGGUCCCCCUCCUCCCCACCCCCACAUGAUGCAGGGCCCGCCCGGCUACAACCCCCACAUUUACCCGCCAUUCCAACACCCUCUGCAGCCCCACCCAGUCAUGCAGCGACCCCCAUCGGCGCACGACAUCAAGGGUCAGGACCCACUCUCGUAUAACAUGGCCGAUACGAGGGCAUUAGCGAAGACCUUCGACGUCGAUGAGGCAAUAGUCGCUGACCUGGAGAUCCACGUAGCCGACAGGGAAGACAUCGGUGUGGGCUCUGCUGGGCUCGUUUCGGCACGCGAUCGCGACGUCGCAGAGCCAUCGCUCCCGCGGGACGCAAGCAAAUGGAUCUCGGUCAAGGUCGAUGUGCGGCAUAGUAGUGUCGCGGCGACUGGCCCUACUAGCGCGCCGGAUGACAACAGUAGUAUUUUGAUGUGGCUCCCCAAGGACCGCGCAAUGGUAACCCACAUUCUCGAGGUGUUCUUCAGGCGCCUCAACUUUCACCGUCCGGUCUUCAUACGCAGCGAUUUCGAGCAGACUCUGGACGCGCUAUACGCUGGCGAGACACAGCAGCACGACCCCGGUUUUGUUUGUAGCGUAUACCUAGCUCUCGCGCUGGGCACGCUCAGCGAGCUCAACCACCGCUCAAGGAGCCUCGAGAAGGACGGGGAGGCAAUUUUGACAAGCCCGACGGCACCGCGGAAGCUGAUGCCGGCAACCUGGCCUGAGCACGAGGAGUUUUUCGACCGCGCGCUCGCAGUCAAACCUGACCUACGGGUAACAGUAUCCAGUCUUCAGGCGCUCAUCUUGUUACAUUGGUAUCUGUACACCGAGCGACAAGGACGCACUCUUUGGCGUUUGGUCGGCAGCUUGGUUCGGCUCGCAAUCGAGCUGGGCCUACACCAUGACCCCACACCGCAAUCUCAGGUCUUCUCAGAAGCGGAAUGCCAGCUUCGCAUCUGCCUUUGGAGCAUUGUGCUGCUACAUGACCGUGGCACAUCCAUCCUACUUGGGCGCCCGCUCGCCAUCGCACCGUCGGAUUCGAAUACACCCCAGCCGUCACGCAGCAAGUCUGUCCAGGCGUCCGAGCAUUUCGUGCUGUCCGCCCCUGUCGCAGAAAUACAGGCGGAUAUUAUUAACUCACUGUAUGCACCCACGAGGCAGACCGGCGACGCGAUCAUAAGGCACGCGACCCGCAUCAAGAAGAGCAUGGCCGAGUUCCGGAGGCAACUCCCGGACAACUACAGGUGGUUCUUCAGCGGUACGGAGAGCUGGGACGAUGAGCGGCGUACAAAGCUGGUGCAAGAUAUCACGGAGGAUCAAGGUUUGACCCUGCUGAAGAUCGGCAUCACAAGAAUACUGCUACUACGAGCGUUAUUCAGUUCCAAGGAGCUCGACUAUCGACACCGCUUCGGGGCAUUAAACGAUGCGAUCCGCACGUCGCACAACAUCAUCGUAGUUCACAACCAGUUGAUACGCUUCCCGGACAUCGCAUUCUUUGUCUCGCCUAUUCCACUUCAUAUCUCAGCCAUGGUCAUUUUAUAUGGUCAUAUGUCCCGCUGCCAUCCCAUCAAGCACCAAGUAGCCCUCGAGGACGUGUGGAUGGCUCUGGAUAUGCUGCCAAGCUUCCGCUGGCGCUGGGAACGCAAAGACUUGAACGGCGGGCAUCCCCUCAUCGCGCGUCUUGCCGAGAAGGUCCUCAACGUCAACUUGCACCAGGUCGCGCCGACCACCGCGCCAAUGCUCAUCUCCGAGAUCGACUGGGAGAAUGAGAGCGUGAUUUCGCCGAAGGAUGGUUCCCAGGGUACCUCGAGCACCAGUCCGACGAUUGGACCUGCGCAGUAUCCCGGUGGCCUUGUCCAAUAUGGACCGCAGACCCCCAGCACUAGUUCAUCCGGCAAGGGCAGCCCCGGGCGCAGUAGUGUCAAUGGUGGCCCUGGCACCCCAGCCGACAAGCUGGCCGAGGUGCCUGCUGGCUUGUUCUAUCCAUUCUACCCUGAGAACCAGAAUGCGGCUGCCAACGCGGCUGCUGCCGCAGCGGCCGCGAAUGGAUCUGGCGGCGGGGAUUUCAAUCACCUCUUGGCUGCGGCUGCCGCAUCUCAGCCGAUAGGCACUUAUGGCUACCAGGCGUCACAGGAGUCGUACAUGCUGGAAGAGACGAAGCCAUCGACGGCAUCCUCCGUGGGAAUGCAGAUGUGGGUGAGUGGAAUUCGUUGGUCAUCCCGAAGUCUUGUCUAA